AUGAUUGAAAAUGAUAGAUCAUGGUAUGAGAUGUUGCCUUAUGCUUUGCUAAGGUAUCAUAUAAUAGUUCGAACCUCCACGGGGGAAACUCCUUAUCUACUUGUUUAUGGGAAUGAAGUUGUGAUACUUUCCAAGGUUAAAAUAUCUUCCUUGAGGAUUAUUCAAGAAGCUGGACUAAGUAACGAAGAAUGGGUUCACGAUCGCUAUGAGCAACUCAUGUUGAUUGAUGAAAAGAGAAUGGUUUUCGUGUGUCAUGGACAGUUGUACCAACAUAGAAUGGUUCGUACCUUCAACAAGAAAGUACAAACUCAAAUAUUUGAAGUCAGGCAAUUGGUUCUCAAGUUAAUAUUCCCCCACCAAAAAGAGUACAAAUGCAAGUUCGCUCUGAAUUGGCAAGGGCCAUAUAUAGUUUGCAAGGUACUAUUCGGAGGAGCUCUGAUUCUAUUUGAGAUGGAUGGUCAAGAGUGGACCAAACCAAUCAAUUUUGAUGCUGCAAAGAGAUACUAUGUUUGA